UUGAAGAGAAGACUGGACACUCAUAGAAACAUACCAGAAAAAGGAAUAACAUCUGAAAAGUAGCUUCACAACUGUGGCUCACGAGUAUGUCAGACACUGGAUCUUCCGAGGUUACCGAGUCAGAGACCCAUUUGUUUCUUUUUUUGUCAAAUUGUGAAUUUCACAUAUUCCUAAGCUUGUUGGCGCGGCUUUUCGUUAAAACAUACGUGGGGGGGGGGAUUGAAAUGCCAAAUAGUAGUGAGGUUUCUGGUGGUGUUCGACAACAAAAUACUUUAUUUGUAAGUUUUUGAAGCACAAUUUAAUGUUCAGACGUACAAAAUCUUUUAUGAGUUGUGUGUUGCGUACUGUAAUAGUAUUAUGUAUGAAUCGUGUCCGUAUUUAUGGCGCAACAACUACGGUGUUCUAAAAGAUAUGUAGCUAAACGCAUGGAUUAACUUUCCUGUCAUCCACAAGUCGUUUAAAGUCUGACUAUGUCAAUACUGCUAUGUACUUUGCUCGUUUGGGAACGCUGUUCUGCUGUGUCGUAUUUUUCUUUGCGCCAAUUUUUUCCCGUUUGCACCCGUCAGAUCUGGAGGUUUGGUAUCGAAGAGCAUUGUUAGCAAGUGCGGCGACUUCAGCCCUACGUCUACAUCAACGAAUAAAAAGUUUGAAUACAGGUUUCUCUCGAGAAGUCCUAGAGGUCUUAAUCUCUGAAGAUUCUUCUCAUUACUUGCUGUUUUCCAUUAUGUUUGCUGUAUUACCACCAGUUACAGUUUCUUUGGUGCCGAUCUUCUUAUUCGCCCUUUUACAUGCGGCCAGCUUCACGAGGGUUCUUUUAAAUACAUCUGUUUCUCUGAAUAGCGGCGGAACGAGUGAUGGUUUGGAUGCUCCAGUUGCUUCAUCGAAUAUGUCAUGUAUACAUCAAAUAGUACAAAAAUCAAUUGAUAAAGUGAAAGCACAUGACCAAAAUAUCUUACGUAUCAUAGCCUUAAAUGAAAUCAUGUUGAUGGUAAUCUGUAUAUUUAUGGCUGUUUCUGGACCUAGAAUUUUUGUCCUCCCCUUUAUUUAUUAUCCGUUCUUGAAAAUGCGUUAUAAUUCAAGGCGUAAUCCUUAUACUCGUAACGCAUUUUUGGAACUGCGUAUAGCACUUCAGAAUGUAGCUUAUCAUUCUAAGUGUCCAGCACUUAUUUCGCGUAUAAUUUAUGGUCUCAUCAAUAUUGUAUCUCGUUUGGGAACAAGCGGUUACGCUAGAAAUUAGAUUGGGAUCCACCUGCUGGUGUUUUUUCUGUUUUUCGUGGUUCAUUUGUUACGUUGUGAUUGGAUUAUUUUGGUCAUUCAAUAUCAACAUCGAUCAGCUACCACUUGAAGAAAAUAUUCAAAUGAGUUCGUCUUCACUUCAUUUUUAUAAUCUACUUGUAUUUCAUCAUUCAUUUUACUACUUAUUUGUCCUUGCUAUCCUCAACAAAAAGUAACUUUGACAAUUGAUAUAUAUAUAUAUAUAUAUAUA